CCGCGGCAGCCCCCUGGCGUCUUUGCUCGCCUUGCCCCACCCAGGCUGCGGGGGGCCUCCGGGACAGGCCCUGGUCGCCUUGGCGCCAGCCCUCGGGCCCGUGGCUGCUGUCCAGGAGCCCCGCUGUCCCCUGCAGGAUUAUUUAUAUUAGGAAUUUUAAUGUUCCUGAAGACUUCAUCAAAGAAUUAUUUCCACUUUCAUCAAGAGAAAGCUUUAAAUCUAUCGACUAGCUCAUAAAGAAUUUCUUUGUGUGGGUUACAUAUAUAGAUGUUUUCAUGAAGAGGAGUGAAAAGCCAGAAGGAUAUAGACAAAUGAGGCCUAAGACCUUCCCUGCCAGUAACUACACUGGCAGCAGUCGGCAAAUGUUGCAAGAAAUUCGGGAAUCCCUUAGGAAUUUAUCUAAACCAUCUGAUGCUGCUAAGGCUGAGCAUAACAUGACCAAAAUGUCAACUGAAGAUGCUCGACAAGUGAGAAAUCCGCCUAAAUUUGGGACAUAUCAUAAAGCCUUGCAAGAAAUUCGAAAUUCUUUACAACCAUUUGCAAAUGAAACAAGUUCUUCAUCCAGGAUUACUUCAGAAGUUAAUCCACAAAUGUUUCAAGAUUUGCAGGCUGCUGGAUUUGAUGAGGAUAUGGUUAUACAGGCUCUGCAGAAAACUAAUAAUAGAAGUAUAGAAGCAGCAAUUGAAUUCAUUAGUAAAAUGAGUUACCAGGAUCCUCGGCGGGAGCAAAUGGCUACAGCAGCUGCUGCCAGACCUAUUAAUGCCAGCAUGAAACCAGGAAGUGUGCAACAGUCAAUUAACCGCAAACAAAGCUGGAAAGGUUCUAAAGAGUCCUUGGUUCCUCAGAGACAUGGCCCACCUCUAGGAGAAAGUGUAGCCUAUUGUUCUGAAAGUCCCAACUCACAGACAGAUGUAGGAAGACCUUUAUCUGGAUCCGGUAUAACAGCAUUUGCUCAAGCUCACCCAAACAAUGGACAGAGAGUAAAUCCCCCACCACCUCCUCAAGUAAGGAGUGUCACUCCACCACCUCCUCCAAGAGGCCAGACUCCCCCUCCACGAGGUACAACUCCGCCUCCUCCAUCAUGGGAACCAAACUCUCAAACAAAGCGGUAUUCUGGGAACAUGGAAUAUGUAAUUUCCCGAAUCUCUCCUGUUCCACCUGGGGCGUGGCAAGAAGGUUAUCCUCCACCACCGCUUAACACUUCCACCAUGAAUCCUCCUAACCAGGGACAGAGAGGCAUUAGUUCUGUUCCUGUUGGCAGACAGCCAAUCAUCAUGCAGAGUUCUAACAAAUUUAACUUUACACCAGGGAGACCUGGAAUUCAGAAUGGAGGUCAAACUGAUUUUAUGAUACACCAAAAUAUCUCUGCUGGCACUGUGAAUCGGCAGCCACCCCCUCCAUAUCCUCUGACACCAACUAAUGGACAAAGCCCUUCCACUUUACAAACAGUGGGAUCUACUGCACCUUCAUCAUAUACAAAUGGAAGCAUGCCUCAGUCUGUGAUGGUGCCAAACAGAAAUAGUCAUAACAUGGAACUUUACAAUAUUAACAUCCCUGGACUGCAGACAACUUGGCCUCAGUCAUCUUCUGCUCCUGCUCAAUCAUCCCCAAGCAGUGGGCAUGAAAUUCCCACAUGGCAACCUAACAUGCCAGUCAGGUCAAAUUCUUUCAAUAACCCGUUAGGAAAUAGAACAAGUCACUCAGCUAAUUCUCAGCCUUCAGCUACAACAGUCACUGCGAUCACACCAGCUCCUAUUCAACAGCCUGUGAAAAGCAUGCGUGUGUUAAAACCUGAGCUACAGACUGCUUUAGCACCUACCCACCCUUCUUGGAUACCACAGCCAGUUCAAACUGUUCAACCUAGCCCUUUUUCUGAGGGUACCGCUUCAACUGUUACUGUUAUGCCAUCUGUUGCUGAAGCUCCAACCUACCAAGGUCCACCACCACCUUAUCCAAAACAUCUGCUACACCAAAACUCACCAGUUCCUCCAUAUGAAUCAGUAAAUAAGUCUAGCAAAGAGGAUCAGUCUAGCUUGCCCAAGGAAGAUGAGGAUGAGAAAAGUUUUGAAAAUGUUGAUAGUGGGGAUAAAGAAAAGAAGCAGAUUACAACUUCACCUAUCACUGUUAGAAAAAACAAGAGAGAUGAAGAGCGAAGGGAAUCUCGCAUUCAGAGUUAUUCUCCUCAGGCAUUUAAAUUUUAUAUGGAACAACAUGUAGAAAAUGUCCUCAAAUCUCAUCAGCAACGUCUGCAUCGUAAAAAACAACUAGAGAAUGAGAUGAUGCGGGUUGGAUUAUCUCAAGAUGCCCAGGAUCAAAUGAGAAAGAUGCUUUGCCAAAAAGAAUCUAAUUACAUUCGUCUGAAAAGGGCUAAAAUGGACAAGUCUAUGUUUGUCAAGAUAAAGACACUGGGAAUAGGAGCAUUUGGUGAAGUCUGUCUAGCAAGAAAAGUAGAUACUAAAGCUUUGUAUGCAACAAAAACUCUUCGAAAGAAAGAUGUUCUGCUUCGAAAUCAGGUUGCUCAUGUUAAAGCCGAGAGAGAUAUCCUGGCUGAAGCUGACAAUGAAUGGGUAGUUCGCUUGUAUUAUUCAUUCCAAGAUAAGGACAAUUUAUACUUUGUAAUGGACUACAUUCCUGGAGGUGAUAUGAUGAGCCUGUUAAUUAGAAUGGGAAUAUUUCCAGAAAAUCUGGCACGAUUCUACAUAGCAGAACUUACUUGUGCAGUUGAAAGUGUUCAUAAAAUGGGUUUUAUUCAUAGAGAUAUUAAACCUGAUAAUAUUUUGAUUGAUCGUGAUGGUCAUAUUAAAUUGACUGACUUUGGCCUCUGCACUGGCUUCAGAUGGACACAUGAUUCCAAGUACUAUCAGAGUGGUGACCAUCCACGGCAAGAUAGCAUGGAUUUCAGCAGUGAGUGGGGUGAUCCCUCCAACUGUCGAUGUGGAGACAGACUAAAGCCUCUAGAGCGCAGAGCUGCUCGCCAGCACCAGCGAUGUCUAGCACAUUCUUUGGUUGGGACUCCUAAUUAUAUUGCACCUGAAGUGUUGCUACGAACAGGCUAUACACAGUUGUGUGAUUGGUGGAGUGUUGGUGUUAUUCUUUUUGAAAUGUUGGUGGGACAACCUCCUUUCUUGGCACAGACACCAUUAGAAACACAAAUGAAGGUCAUCAACUGGCAAACAUCUCUUCACAUUCCCCCACAAGCUAAACUGAGUCCUGAAGCUUCUGAUCUGAUUAUUAAACUCUGCCGAGGACCAGAAGAUCGCUUAGGCAAGAAUGGUGCUGAUGAAAUAAAAGCUCAUCCAUUUUUUAAAACAAUUGAUUUCUCCAGUGAUCUGAGACAGCAGUCUGCAUCAUAUAUUCCUAAAAUCACACACCCAACAGAUACAUCGAAUUUUGACCCUGUUGAUCCUGACAAGUUGUGGAGUGAUGAUAAUGAGGAAGAAAAUGUAAAUGACACUCUCAAUGGAUGGUAUAAAAAUGGAAAACACCCUGAACAUGCUUUCUAUGAAUUUACCUUUCGGCGAUUCUUUGAUGACAAUGGCUACCCAUAUAAUUAUCCAAAGCCUAUUGAAUAUGAACACAUUAAUUCACAAGGCUCAGAACUACAUUCAGAUGAAGAUGAUCAACAUAAAGGUUCAGAGAUCAAAAAUCGUGAUCUAGUAUAUGUUUAACACGCUAGAAAAUAAUCAUAAUGAGAAUUUGCAAAAAGGCCUAAAAUAAUGGGUUUUUUGAAAUUCUGAGUAAAAUUAUGCAACUGUGGCAGAGCUGUGUAUGUGUGCUCUGUGUACAAUAUUUUAUUUUCCUAAAUUAUAGGAUAUCCUUUAAAAUGUUAAUUUAUUCCAACCUUUUAAAUCAUUAAUUUAGAUAAAAAUUGUUAUACAUAAGUUAUGAAUUGAGUAUUACAGUCAGUUCUUGGUACUUAAAGUACUUAAAAUAAAAAAAUAGUGCUUUGUUUAAAAGGAAAAGCCUGUUAUUUGUAUAUAUGCAAAAUAAUUUUAAAGCUCAAGAGUUUUUGAAAUUUUUGAAAGAUAGUUUUAGUUUUAUCUUGCUUUAACCAAAUAUGAAACAUGCUCAUAUUUACAGAGUUCUUCUCCCUUCCUCUCCAAUAGUAUUUUUGGUAUAAAAUAAAUAAGCUAGAGAAAUUAAGCCAUCAUUUUGCAGAGUGUUCCUAGGUUAAUGAUAAUUUGUGUAAGUCAUAUCCUGGAACUAAGAAAUACAGGGUAGAUACAAUAUGUUCAUCAGAAGGAAAAAUCAUGCAAUUUAUCUUUUCUCUCCUCCUUUGUGAAAUACUUAAUUUUCUAGCUUUUUUCUUCUAGCUUUUUAAAAAUUAAAAAGAAAAAUACUGGCUUUAAUAGAAGCCAAAGCACUACUUGUUUUCUUUCCAUUUUGGUAUUAAUGCUGCUUCCAGUUUUAAAAGGGAACAAAGUUGCCAUAAAUCAAAUUCUAAAUACUAAAAGCUAAGGUCUUUUAUAGUUUUACUUUAAAUUAAAAUGUUUUUCUACCAUUUUAAGUCAAGAAAUUAUUUUCAGUUUAUAUAAAAUUUUGAUUAGAAUUAUUUGUGGCUACUCACUAAAAAAGCCGCCCCCCCCUCCCGGGUGGAGGGCACCUGAGAGGUUGUAGCUUAGAGCACUUGCCUAGCAUGUACCAGGUCCUAGGUUCAGUUUCCAGCCCUCAAAAAAGAAAAAGUUUUCCUAUAUAGUGACUCAAUUAUAAAUGCUGUAGAACCUCUUUCAUAACAGUGCUGUAUAUACAGAUUGCUAUUGACAAAGGAAAAGAUAGCUGUUUGGUAAUAUAGUAUUUUACCUAAGGGCCAGUUAACUGGUGUAAAAAUAACUGAGAUGGCCAUUAGUAAUUAGGAAAAGUUACGUAGUGGUCUUAGCUAACUUAUUUAAGGUUAAAUUUCUCAACAUGCUUAUUUAUAUAAUGCUUAAAUUCUUAAGGAUAAGUGUGGUUUCAUACCAAAAUACAUAUAGAUUACUUUUUAGGAAGGAGAAUGGAGCUAUAUUCUGACCUUAGUAAACUAUUUUGUAUUUUAUUUACUUCUUUUAAGCUUCAAAAAAAUGCAUUUUUAAAAUAAAAAAUGUGGGUAAGAGGACUAAUUUAAGUGACUUUUAAAAACUUUUAGCUUGUUUUAUAUGAAAGCUAAUGGAAACUAUAGCAAAAUUAAAGGCAAAGGUGUUCCAGUUCAUUUGGAAGGAGGGAAAAAACAUUAGCUCAUAUUUCCUACUUUUUGUAAGAGGUGCUCUUAAAAGCUCACCCUGCAAACCACUACCAUGUAAUGUGGUUCCUUUAGGGUCAAAACUGAUCUUUUCAGACUCUGAUAAAGGUGGUGGGCUCUAGUUCGUAGGGAAAAAAAGCACAUCAGCACACACAUAAAAUACUGCAGUUUCAGGAAAUUCUGGACCUGAUGAAACCUGUCAAUGACUAAGUUAAAGACCGCUGUCUAAUAAGAAAAUUGAUAUUUUAAAUUGAGAGCUUUGCUUUUAAUUUACUGAUCAGUACUUUUCAUUAGUAUAUCUUAUAUAAUACUGAUAAUUUGUGAUGCAUGUUCCUCUCUUGGUGGUAUAAAACUAAGAUAUUUCAAACAGCAUUUUUGAGGGCACUGAAAUGUUUGGCUUAUUAUAGGAUUGAUAUAACUAUUUCUGAAGGAUUUCAAUCAGAAUUUUAAGAAAAUACUAUAAGAUGGCAGUCUUUACUUCAUGGAACCUUUGAUUAGUCCUAUUAAAACCUAUGCAAAACUAGUUAGUUCAAAAAAUUUUAGCUUGGUACUCACACUUAUAAGAAAUCCUCUAUUCUUUAAGCUUUUUAGGCAAAUUUACUUAAAUUUUCAUUUGAUAGUUCUACUUCUGGACUAUGGUGCAAUACAGUAGAAAAAUGACUUUGUUACAUUUACAUUGUAGGAAAACUAAGGUGCUGUAUUCUAACUCUUUUCUCCACUCCUGACAAAAUCUGUACUGCUGCUGUUCCUCAAACAUGACACUAUGAAUUUUGUAUUCUUUUAAAAUUUCCUCUAACAGUUUAAGCUUUUUGUCUUAUGUGAAGCAGUAUACAAGCCAUUAGUACGUGCAGUUUAAAUAGUUUGAAUAUACUUACUAGACAUUGUAAUUUCCUAACUAUAUCCAAUUCUUCCAGUGUAGAUCCAAAUACUUCUUGACCAAAAGACAACAACAUAAAAAAAAAUCUGAAUGCCCUCAGUUAAAAUUGAGUGAAAACAUAGGUUCUACAUGUUUUCUUUUUUGGUCUUCUUGAGACAGGGUCUCACUAUGCAAUUCAGGCUGGCCUUGAGCUCACUUUGUAGCUCACGCUGCUCUUGAACUUGCAGUGAUCCUCCUGCCUCAGCCUCCCAAGUGCUGGGAUUACAGGAGUGCAUCACCAAACCCACCUUUAUAUGUUUUCAUUUUAAAGGAAUUUUCUCAUUUAAAAAAUAAAAACUUGCUGCCUUUCUUACACUUAUCCCUUUUAUGCCUAUCAAUAGUAUUUAUAAAUUAUGUUCUAUAAUUAUGUAAUUGUAGAUAACUGUUACGUAUUGUCCAGUGGUACCAUACCCUAAGGCAGGCCCUAUUGCUAUGUUUUGUACUUUCUUAUUUGUAAUAGAAACUCUAGAAUGUAUGACUAAAAAGUCACUUUGAGAUUGACUUUUUUAAAAAGUUAUUACCUUCUGCUGUUGCAAAGUGCAAAACUGUGAGUGGAAAUGUUUUAUUCUGACUUAAUAAUAUGUUGGAGAUUAGAGAAUACAGUGAAGAUUUUUAGAUAUUUUGCUGCUGCUGUUACCCAAGGUACUUUAGAAAUUUUUCUUUGAUAAACAAAAAUCCCUUUGGUAUUUAAAGUGAAAUAUUUAGUUGGUUUCUUUUAAUCUAAAGCAAAAAGUAAUUUGGGUCCACAAAUUGGUAUAUUUGUAAAUAUACCAUACCAUAAUAUAAUCCUUUUGUGGAAAGCACUAUACAGUUUAACUUUUAUAUUAUAUUGUGUAUAUAAGUAUUUUGUAUUACAAUGGAAUCAGUGGCAACAUUACAGUUUUAUAAAAUAAUGCUUUGUUAGACAAGGAAUUACAGCUUUGCAAUAACUAAAUUGUUUUGCAUACUUCUGAAUGUAACAGAAUGAAUAAUCAGCCUGUGUUUUUAAUGAAUCUAUUUGUAUUUUCCCAGUCAUUUCUUCUAGUGUAAUGUUUGCUGGAAUAAUAAAAAAAAGCAAAAUUUAUAUCUUUCAA